GCGUCGUGGCACCUUGUGCUAUGCACGCAGGGAGCUGAACGAGGAGGCAGAGAGGCUGCGCCCAUACAUUGAGCCCCUCCUCUAUGACAAGCACCUGUCCCUCAAGGAGAUCACCUUUCUACGCCGUUGUUUGCGAUUCCGCCGUCGUCCGACGUGCUUCCGUUGCGGGAUGCAGAUGUUGCGUCCACUGCUCCUGGGUUGUCUUCGGCUGGCAGUGCUUCACGCACUUCGCACUUCAGAGCUUUCUGGGAGCCUCCCCACGAAGGAGCAGGUUUCUGAAAUCGCCGACUCCGCCGAGCGCUGUGUGAUCCCUAUGGAAGGCGAUACAGGCCUGGGGCUCGUCUGUAAGCACGAUCUGGCCUCCACUUCCGCGGCUUCUUCUGUGCAGUGUGUCGUGUGCGGCCAACUCUUCGGAAGCGAGAUCGACCCCAUGGAAUCCUGUGUGGUUCAAACGCAGCCCUACAAAUGGCUGCUUCGGGAGUACUCGGAGAUUAAGAUCAAAGUGUCAACGCGGAAGGCAAAUCGUCUCUGCAGAGGACUUAUCUGCAAAGCACCUGGAUAUCGUUGGGGUUCUCUCUCCUGCAACUCCGAGCUGAGCAAGAUGUACCCGGAGGUGCUUCCCCAGGCUUCUUGCUGGGCCUUCCUUCCGCAGUUUGUUUCGUCUGGGGGUUCGUUGGCAAAGGCCCCUCUGACGAACAUCCUCAAUGCAGAGGUGCUGAAUCGCAAGGGCAAGGAGCUGCGGCACUUGCUCUACAAGCCGCGUGUUGGCCUGCCAGUUUUCACAGAGCACAAGGUUCGUCGGUUGAUGCGCCGAGCCAAGAAUUCUGAAGGCGUGCGCAUCAACCGAUUCGUGCGCCCCCAGCACCUGCCGCCGAACGCCCCUGGAGCACCGUAUGCCAAGCCGAUCAAGGACGUCUACGCCGAAGUGCCGCCGCUUUGGAGCUUCGUAUUGGUCUCCGAGCUGGCCCCCAAUUGGCCCGAGAUCCCGGUUCGCACGGAUGCACAUGGCAUCAUGGUGAACCUCAAGUUGCCCCUGCUGCGCCGCGAUGCGAAGGCCACGGGCACGAACGACAAUUCACCAAGAACUACUGCAACUGCGUCCACUGCUGCGUCCUCGCAGACGUCUGCAAAGAAGGGAGGCGGCAAAUCUUCCACUGGCUUUCUGGCAUCAGCUGCAGGCAUCCAGAGACAGUCGCCGAAUGCCGAUGCCGCCUUGAAGGUGCAACCGUCGGCUGGGAAGGGGCGUUGGCACGAGGCCUACUUGCAGGAGUUCCUGCAAAAGAUGGAGGAAGACCCUGAUGCGUUUGAGGAGGACAUCAAGAAGAGCAGGGCACUUCGAGACCACAG